AUGUUCAACAAUGAAACUCAUUCCCACCCCUACUUCCCAAUUUUUUUUUUAACAAAAUAUAGAAAAAGGAAGGUUGAAAUGAAGUGAAGCCACAGCAUCAUAUUAAAAUUUUCUUGUGUCCAGACUCUGCCUGGUUCUGUCGAAAAUUUUAGCUGGCGGUGCCUAGGAAAGAGCAGCCAAACCAAACCCCAUCUGCUCGGCACCCACCCACAAUGAUUUUGUCACAGCUCCUGCACUCUCUCCUUGACUGGUCGGACGCCUUCUAUAAGAAGACUCCGCACAGUGAACAAGCUUGGAUUUCUUGAAACUGACAUGGUGAUGCAUGUGAAAUUCACCAGCAAGCUUUAAAGAUUUCAGUUGAAUGGACUGAUUUUCGUUGUGGGGUUGUGUAUUUUUUUUUUCCAUUCUCAGUUAAUGCCUCUGUUGGGUGGAGUUUUAAUGCGCCAUCUCCAAACACGUUGGGAGCUCUAAUGGUGCGCGGUGGCUUGUCGGCUCUUCAACUUGUUCGAUAAUAAAUAUUAUUUGCAAUAAGCAUUGGAGACUAAGAAGUAAGAACUUCCCUGUUUUACAAUCCCUCUGCCUCAGACGUUUGAUUGAGAUUGGAGACAUGGCUCAGACAUUAGACGCCAUCAAGGGUGGAGGAUCCAUCAAGGUGGGCACCACUGGGAGAAUUGGUGCUCUGAUGACCAGAGAAUUGGAGUCCAUCAAAUCUGCACCUCAAACUCCAGCAUCUUCACGAACUAAAGCUCUACUGAAUCCUGUUUCAGUUCCUUGCAGUGCUACUAUUCCCAAAAUAUUAAAACCGAGGAGAUCAUUGGAUGAAGGGAGCAGCAGUGGUGGUGGCAGCAGCAGCACAGCCACUUCUGGUCGUAAAAGCCUUGAAAUUGCUCAGAAAACAAAAAGCUUCAACCGUAAAACCCAUAGAAUCCCAAUGCUCAGCUCUGAUAAUAUUUCCUCAGAUGGAACUCCUACAAGAGAGAAAAAAGAUAAAAAAGGACCUUAUGUUGAAAUUGUGGACAUAAAAUGUGGAAGAACAGAUAGAGCAUGGGCAAGCCCCAUAAAAAACCAGAUCAAGAAGCUCGGAUUCUCAAAGCUCUCUGAGAGCAUUGUCUAAACUUGCAACUUCUUUGCGUCAUUUUUGAGAUUCCUGUAACCGAACCCAGAAAUUGCAUUUGGCUGCUUGCUCUCGGCAACUUCCACCAUCGAACAAAUGUUUGGUAGCAGCCUGCUGCCUCUCUUCUUCUUUUUCUUUGCCGUAACCACAGAUCCUAACUUGGGUCUGGAAUGACUUGUGGAAGCGAUGUCCGCAAUAUGGAACUGAGGCUUCUUAGUGCUCUCUUGACAUCUUAGCUCAAGCCGUCGGAAGUACUCUAUUUCUUGCAUUACAAGGGCUCCCACCGUGCCUCUGGUGCCUAUUUUUGCUGGAGCAUUUGCAGCCAUUUUUCCGGGGACUUUUGCAGCAAAAGUGGUGGAUUUAUACACUAUGUUAUCAUUGGCUGGAGAGGGAGAUUGUGGAUGAAGCGAGUUGGUUUUGGGUCUUGGCUUGGUGGGGAAAUUGCUUUGAAUUUGGGCCAUUUGUGGUUUGGCCUUAUGCAUGGCUUUGUCACAUGAAUUCUUUGCCUUCUGUUCUUUAUCUAUUGUGAGUAGCAUGGGACUUGCCUCAGUUGGAGGAUUGGAUAGUGAUAUGGUCAUUGUUUUCAUGUGUUUGCAGUUAAA